UUCUUUCAUUUCGUCGCGCGCCUAUCAGGCGAUGCGCAGCUUGCUGUGAUGGUUUUAUUAAACUAUAUUGUAUAUUUCUCAAUUUUAUGAUAUCCAUAUCUUGCAAUAAACCUUAUAGUGCAAAUUAGUUUAAUUUCUGUUUAUGUGUGUUAAAAAUGGCGAAUCAAUCCCAGAAAAUUAUGUACAAGCUUGUACUGACUGGAGGGCCUUGCGGCGGAAAAACCACCGGACAAUCUCGGCUUAGUACAUUCUUCGAAAACUUGGGAUGGAAGGUGUUCCGGGUGCCGGAAACGGCUACCGUCCUCUUAAGUGGAGGUGUAAAGUUUGCAGACCUCAGUCCAGAAGAAGCUACAAAGUUUCAAGAGAAUCUACUCAAGACAAUGAUUCAGAUUGAAAACACGUUCUUCGAACUGGGGCGAACAUGUCAAAGGAAUUGCCUGAUUAUAUGCGACCGAGGAGCCAUGGACGCAAGUGCAUUUAUUUCUAAGGAGAAAUGGGAGGCCAUGAUGAGCGCGAACAACUGGAAUAGCGUGGAGCUAAGGGACAACAGAUACAAUCAUAUCGUGCAUAUGGUCUCCGCUGCCAACGGUGCCGAGGACUUCUAUUCCACCGAGGAUCACGCAUGCCGUUCUGAAGGCGUGGAACUUGCCCGGGAGCUGGAUUACAACGCCGCGGCCGCCUGGAUCGGCCACCCCUACUUCGACGUCAUAGACAACUCGACGGACUUCGACAAGAAGAUGAACCGCCUUCUAGCUUGCGUGUGCCACAGGAUCGGCAUCGACACGGGCGACCGUCUCAACGUCAACUCCAAAAAGCGCAAGUUCCUCGUCAAGCCACCCAUGCUACCAGACGCGGAAUUCCCGCCGUUCCAGGACUUCGACGUCGUACACAACUACUUGCAGAGCGACUUCCGCAAAGCCCAAGUCAGGCUGCGGAAACGCGGUCAGAAAGGCCACUGGUCUUACAUCCACACUAUGCGGAAGUUCCACCCAACGGGGCAGUCGGUGGAAGUGCGUACGCAGUUGACGCACCGCGACUACCUCAACAUGUUGCCGCAACGCGACGACGCGCACUUCACGAUAUUCAAGAAGCGACGCUGCUUCAUAUACAACAAUCAGUACUACCAGUUGGACAUUUAUAGGCAACCCACGCAUCCAAGGUGCCGCGGAUUGAUCUUACUUGAAACGUAUAGCGCUCACGACCAAGACGCACUUCUUGCCACUCUACCAAAGUUCCUCACGAUAGAAAAGGAGGUGACGGGAGACCCCGCUUAUUCCAUGUACAAUUUGUCCUUGAAAGAAGAUUGGAAGACUUCGAACAAGUACUACACCGGCGCAGAUGAUUGGCAACAUAAACGCUUAACAAAUGGCCACAGUGCAGACAAGGCGAACGGCCACGCUAGUAAAAUAAAUGGUCACGCUGAGAAACUGAACGGGCAUGACGCUUACAGAAUGUACGGACAAGGAGGGGUCAAGCAUAAUGGACACGCCUGCAGUAAGACCCAUGCCCAAGCCGGAGACAAAGUCAAUGGUUAUAGCAAAAUGAACGGCCACCACCGAACGAGUGGCCACGAGACACUCAACGGCGAUGUACAUGACACCGAACUAAGUGAUUACAAGAACACAAACGGUGUGACACCAAAGAUUCCCAAAAAGGAUGCUGUGAAAGUAUAGUUUUUUUUUUUUCGAACAUGCUACUUUUUUUUUUCUUUAAGGAAAUUAUCAUUACAUAGAAUGUAGUACGCGGUCUCUGUCUUAUUGAAAUCCUCAAUAGAGAAUAAAAAACUGGAACCUCAUUCUCGAUGACAUUGAAAUCUUCUAUGCAAUAAGUUUUGUGGCUUCCAUUUGUGCAAAUUUAGCAGUUGUCAUUAAAUCUUAACUGCGCGAGAAAUCAAAGAGCAAUACAUUUUGACACAUCUUUAUAAAAGCACUGCCAAUGAUUACGUCAUAAUUUGUGCUCAAGAGUGUGUUAGGAUUUAAAUGUCAUAGAUAAUCGGGUAUCCGAAAGUACUUUGAACUUUUCACCGAUAAAUAGAGAUAUGCAUCUAGAUACUUAGCCGCAAUUUAAAUGUUCGUAUACUUUAGAAUUUAAUAAACCAUCUAUAUUAGAACCUACAAUCUACUCUGAAAGGAAGGAUAAAUCCAAUUAUAUUCUUUUCUGAUGUUUUCUAGGUUUUUUUUUUUUAAUUUGGAAGAGUUUACCGUCUAUUUGGUUUAAUUUUUAUACUAUUAUAACAUAAAAUUCAAAAGACAAAAAUAAACGAAAUAUUUCAUUUACAAUUUAGAAGAUUUUGUUAAUUGCGGUUUAUAUCAUAGAUGAUUAUGUUAUGAUAACUUAUGUCACUUGAUUAAGCUUCUAAGAAACACAGCGAUCGCAAAUCUGAAACUUGUUUUAUAUUCCAAUGCGAAGCCCGGAUUAAUCAGUUUGUGUAUUAUAAAAAUACAUUUUAUAACAUUUCAAUAUACACCAAAUCUUAAAAUAUACAUAUUAUAUCUUUAGUCUAAGUACUUAAAAUGAAAUCGAAAUAUGAUAUCGCAAGUUAAAACGAUCUUUAUGUAAAUUCCUACAUAAUAAUAUUAAUAUGUAUUUAUUCAUAUGCCAAAUAAAGCAACUAUUUUUAUAGUAUUUCUUAACUACAAAAUAUUUUCAUAUUGAUAACGCGUCAAUAAAACAUUGCCCAUUUAAUGAAAGGUUUCAUUAUUUAUUAAAAGGGAUAAUUAAUUAAUAAAUAAUUUAAUAUUGUUUGUGCCUUUUACAUGAUCAUACAGUAUUGUGUCUUUAAAUACAUUUCGCAUGACAUAUAUAUGUUGUACUUAAUAACACUGUGAAAUACGUUAUGCAGUAAUAGUACUGUCGAAUACGUAUUAUUGCAGUGGUAGUAAUAAUUAAAAUAUAGUUCAAAUAAACUACAUUUAGAUCAUUUCAUUGUUAAAAGAAAAGAUAGUUUUACAUUAUUGGAUUUGGAGGUAUGCAUAUGUAAAAAGUGCAUUGUUAUUAUUUAUAAUGUAACCCAUUCGUAUAAUGUAACAUACAGACUAUAUAUUGCAUAGCUUUCAAUCCAGUUGUAAAAUUUAAUCUUUAUGCAAAAACUAAUAGUUUUUCAAUACAUUUGCUUGUAGAAACUCUUUUUUUUUUUCACAGUUGUCAAACAUCACUUUACGCAUUAUACCUUACGUAAUUGACUAAAAGUCACAACGUACUAAAAGUAUUAAAGUUAAAUAAAAGGUUGAACUUGUCGACCUCCCUGGCGCGGUGUUGAGCAUUGUGGUCUUAUGAGUCGGAGGUCCCGGGUUCUACCAGCGGUAAUUUGUCUGGUCUAGUCGGAGGCUUCGGCCAUGGCUAGAACAACGCUAACGACCAAGACGUGCCGUCAAGCGUUCAAUUUAGCGUUCCGGUACAUUGCUGGUAUGGAUUAAAUAUGCCGUGACCCUAAAAAUUAGACCGCCUACCAUGUAAGCGGGAUUGGUCUACCAUCUGGUGAGGUUGCAGUAAAGGGAUAACUUGUAGAGUAAAAGAAGAACCUACUCUUUUUAUUUAAUCAUAUUUUACAUUACAAAGUUACGAUAUGAUUGUUUACAUUAAAGGCAGGUAAAAAUGAUAGAAAUUUAAUUAAUAGGUAAUGGAAAACUGCAAUCAAAAUAUCACCGCAGUCUGCCUACAAUGCCUUAUUAUUAGUUUUCCUAUAAGCCUUUCAAAAAAAUACCUUAGGUUUAAUUUCUGUAGCUUUUACUUGCAAAUGUAUUGAAAAAUGUUAUAUCAUACACAUGGCAUUGAUAAUUAAAAUCUCGUCCCUAUAACAACUGGGCACUACUUUAAUUAUCAAUUUGCUACUAUAUUAUUAUACGUGAAAUUUUAGAAGUCUCGGUGUUGUGAUUUCACUGUUAUUCCGAAUCUUAAAUUUUUAAGAUAAUAAAAUUUGAAUGUGCAAGUGUAAGCUUUGUAUUUUGAACUAUAUGGAGCAAUAGGGAAUAUGCGUGUGGUUUAAAUAUAAAUAAGGCGCAAUUUAUUUUUCUUAAUCAUUAUCGCCUGUAAAUCAUUUAUUUUUAAGAAACUGCAAAGAUACGCUGGAUUAAAAAAAAUACAAAACACUCAUUGGUUAUUAUAGGAAUGUGACAAUCAAAAUAUAUAUAAUAAAAAACAGUUAUUAUAGCCUAUCAGUUAGAUAUUACCGUUAGAUAUUGGUGUUGACAGUCAAAUCCUGAGCCAAGAUGAAAUGAGAAUGGAGUGUCAUGCAUUUUUUGAUUUAUUAUAUGAAAUAGGUACAUUUUUAUUUGCUUAUGGUGAUGUAAACAAUGAAUUAGAAAUAUAUAAAAUAAAUACAUGCAUAUACCCUAUUGGAGAAUUUAGUAUCGCAAGUAAAUUUAUAACGCCAUCUAGUGGCCUUUUAAAAAAUUGCAUCCUAGCGAAGCACACAUCAGUAGCAAAAUUGUAUAGUAGAAAUGCUAUUUAUUUAUUAUUUUUGAAUUUAAAUAGUACCUUAUGUAGGUAUAAGUGAAAUCUUCAAAUGUAAUUUAUUAAAGUAUUUGUCAUCUCUAGUUUUAUGUAUGUUUGAAACAGAGGGUAACUGUGAUGCAGUAUGGCUUCAAAUAUACCUCUAAGAGUAACAGCAUUGUUAUAAGGCUGUGCUAAUUAAUGUUAUUAGAGCUAGAAAAUGAUGGCAACAUCAAGCCUUCCUUAUAAGGUUGCAUGUGAUAACGAAGUUUUGUUGUACUUAAAAUGUAUUAAGUUUAACGUAAUAAUAUGAACCAUAAUAUUUUCAAAAAAAACACUACUUAAAUGUUUCAUAUUUUUUGGACGUAAAUCUCAAAAUUGCAUGUUUUUACCUUUAGCACUAGUUCCUUGAAUAAAGACAAUGUGCGCCUUAA